UCGCCUCCAGGUGGCUGAUCCGCCCCUGGCCGCUCAGGCAGUUCGAAAGCCACUCUGUUUGGGGUCCUCGUCGCCCUUCCACGUCUCCCGGAAGAGCAGCAGGGCCGCUGCGGGUCCGGGACCAGGUUCCAUCAACCUGGUCCCUCUCCGGGCCGACUGCUGUUGUGGGGAGAGGCCCAGGAGGGCGGCGAGGCCGCAGCGCAGCCAGUCCGGAGUCCUCAGGUUCACCGGUAGGAUUUUUCUGCUACCAUCAUGUCUUGGUUUGCUGAUCUUGCUGGAAAGGCAGAAGACCUUUUAAACAGAGUUGAUCAAGGAGCUGCAACAGCUCUCAGUAGAAAAGAGAACACCAGCAACAUCAUAUACAGCAAAAAUACUGACCUUUCUGAACUUAACCAGCAAAAUACAGAUUUGACUUACCAGACUGGGCCUAAAGCUACUUACAUUUCCUCAGCAGCUGAUAGCAUUAGAAAUCAAAAAGCCACCAUUUUAGCUGGCACUGCAAAUGUGAAAGUGGGAUCCAGGACAUCAGUGGAGGCCUCCCAUCCUGUUGAAAAUGCAUCUGGUCCUAGGCCUUCAUCCCAGUUUGUUCGAAGAAAAAAGUCAGAACCUGAUGAUGAGCUUCUGUUUGAUUUUCUUAAUAGUUCACAGAAGGAGCCUGCUGGGAGGGUGGAAAUCAAACGAGAAAGGGGCAAGACACCUGUCCCUCAGAGUUCUCAGACAGCAAGUGUCAGUUCUGUGAACACCAGUGUAACCACCACCAAAACCAUUGAAGAAAAUCCUUCUGGGAGCCAAAACCAUGAAACCUCUAACUCUAAUAAUUCAGAUUCUGGCCAUGAAGCCCAAGAGGAUUCUUCAAAGGAAAAUGUCUCAUCAGAUACUCCCUGUGCUGAUCACAAUCCAGCACCUCCUGAUGGCGGCAAGUCACACGAACUAUCUAAUCUUCGACUGGAAAAUCAACUGCUGAGGAAUGAAGUUCAAUCUUUAAAUCAAGAAAUGGCCUCAUUACUUCAAAGAUCCAAGGAAACUCAAGAAGAAUUAAACAAAGCAAGAGCAAGAGUUGAGAAGUGGAAUGUUGACCAUUCGAAGAGUGAUCGAAUAACUCGGGAACUUCGAGCCCAAGUAGAUGACCUGACCGAAGCAGUGGCUGCGAAGGAUUCCCAGCUGGCUGUACUGAAAGUGAGGCUACAGGAAGCCGACCAGCUGCUGAAUACUCGCACAGAAGCCUUAGAAGCCUUACAGAAUGAAAAAUCACGAAUAAUACAGGAUCACAGUGAAGGUAGUAGCCUACAGAAUCAAGCUCUGCAAACCCUUCAGGAGAGACUGCAUGAAGCCGAUGCCGCUCUGAAGAGAGAGCAGGAGAGCUAUAAGCAAGUGCAGAGUGAGUUCACUGCACGGCUUAAUAGAAUGGAAGUGGAGCGUCAGAAUUUGGCAGAAGCAGUUACUGUGGCAGAAAGAAAAUACUCGGAGGAGAAGAGGAGAGCUGAUGAGCUACAGCAGCAAGUCAAAAUGUGUAAGUCCAACCUGGAAUUGUCUAAGCAGGAAUUAAUUGACUACAAGCAAAAAGCUACUAGAAUACUCCAGUCUAAAGAAAAAUUGAUUAACAGCUUAAAGGAAGGCUCCAGUUUUGAAGGCCUAGAUAACAAUGCUGCUAAUAGCAUGGAGCUCGAAGAACUUCGGCAUGAAAAGGAGAUGCAAAGGGAGGAAAUACAGAAGCUGGUGGCUCAGAUACAUCAGCUGAGAUCUGAAUUACAGGAUAUGGAGGCUCAGCAGGUCAGUGAAGCAGAGUCAGCAAGAGAACAGUUACAAGAUCUGCAAGACCAAAUAGCCAGACAUAAAGCAUCUAAACAAGAACUAGAGGCAGAACUGGACCGCCAGAAGCAGGAAUUCCACUACAUGGAAGAAGAUCUGUAUCGAACAAAGAACACAUUACAAAGCAGAAUUAAAGAUAGAGAAGAAGAAAUUCAAAAACUCAGGAAUCAGCUUACGAAUAAAACUCUAAGCAAUAGCAGUCCGUCUGAGUUAGAAAACCGACUCCACCAGCUAACAGAGACUCUCAUCCAGAAGCAGACCAUGCUGGAGAGUCUGAGCACAGAGAAGAACUCGCUGGUCUUCCAGCUGGAGCGCCUCGAGCAGCAGGUGAACUCGGCUGCUGGAAGUACUAGUAACGGGUCUUCUAUUAAUAUGUCUGGAGUUGACAACGGUGAAGGCACACGUCUGCGAAAUGUUCCUGUUCUUUUUAAUGACACAGAAACUAAUCUGGCAGGAAUGUAUGGAAAAGUCCGCAAAGCUGCUAGUUCAAUUGACCAGUUUAGCAUCCGCCUGGGAAUUUUUCUCCGAAGAUACCCCAUAGCACGAGUUUUUGUAAUAAUAUAUAUGGCUUUGCUACACCUCUGGGUCAUGAUUGUUCUGUUGACCUACACGCCAGAAAUGCACCACGACCAGCCACAUGGCAAAUGAGCUGAACCCAGUUAUUUGAAUGAUUGGGUGUCUUUUUCCAGACUGCAGAAGGGCGAGUUGCCUAGAAUUCCUGAGAAGGGUGCACAAGAUUAUUUUGUCACUACAAGCUUUUAACUUUUUAAGUUAUUAUGUAAGUACUGUGCUACCUAAAUCAUCUUCUGAUUUUCUUCAGAUGGUAAGAGUUUCUGAAACGGACAGUAACUUAACAAGCUCUCAGCUCUGCUUUUUCUGGCAUCAGUGGUUCAGUGCAUGUGUGUGCACACGUAGAGACGCUGGGUUUGUUCACCUCUGUGCAGACCGUUCUGUGUUUCAGGUGACACUCAUUGUGGGUCAUAAUCAGGGAAACUAAUUGUAUUUAGUGAUAUAAAUAAAAUGUUCUCUUUUUGAUAA